AUGUCUCUCUCAACCCAAACACCGACCGACAUCACAAUGCAAAUAGUCGUUCCCAACGACUCCAAUCCUACAGGCCCGCCGCUCCUCUCAGCAGAACGCCGCAUCACCCCGACGUGGACCGUGUCCCAGUUGAAAUCGAAACUGGAACCCGUCACGGGAAUCCCUUCAUCCUCACAGUCCCUUCGCACCAGAUCUCUCGACGGGACCUGGAUCACGUUGGCAACUGACUCGUCUCUGCUCUCCGACCCCCGGUUCGGCCUAAGAAAGGGUUCGGAGAUCGAGGUCCAGGACACCCGGCCCCCGCAACUCCGACAGAACCUCAACUUUCUCGCGGCGGACCUCAGUUCGGUGGAGAAGUACCAGAUGCCCGAGAACCAGUACGAGAAGCUGGAGGACUCGGUGCUCGCGUGGAAACGCCGCCAGAAACUGGGCCGGUUUGAUCCCCACGCCAAGUCCCAAUCCCAGAUGGCCGAGGAACGGAGACGGAAGGACGAGAAAGAAAUGGACGCCCGGGGAAUCAAGGUGGGUCUGAGGUGUCGAGUCGGCCGCGAUGAUGGGAGGAGGGGCACGGUGAGGUUCACGGGCGAGAUUCCCGGGCUAGGCGGGCAGCGAGAGGACGGAUGUCUCUGGGUUGGCGUGGAGCUGGACGAGCCGGUAGGGAGGAACGACGGGAGCGUCCAAGUCGAACUGGUGAAGAGCGAGGGACGCGGCAAGCCGGUCUACGAGAUGAGGCGGGUGUUUGACUGUGCGGACAAGCACGGUGUCUUCGCCCGGCCGGAGAAGAUCGAAGUGGGCGACUUCCCACCCCUGACUGAUCUGCUCGACGAGGACAUGGAAGAGAUUUGA